UUUACGAGUGAUGGUCGACAUUUUUCUCUUAGUUCGUUGCGCUAUUUCCAAACUUUGUAAAUCAGAAACUAAGCUAUAUAUCUAAUUUAUUUCAGAAUUUAGCAUCUGGAGUUUAAUUUCUCAAGUGCAUAUCCAUCAUCUAGCAAGCAAUUUUCAGAGGUUCUAUAUCGGAUUUUGUUAGCGCGCACUCAUUAAUGCCACUCUCGGUAUAUCUCUGAUCCAUACCGGUUUUUGCUCGAGACAGAGGACCAUCAGAUACCGGAGGAGUUACCAUGGCAAUCAUCAAACAAUGUUGCUGUUGUAGCGUUAGGAGGGGAUCUAUAAUGACAGGAAUCUACGGAAUCCUCUACUCCAUCAUCAUCAUAGCACACACAGCCCUGCUGUUUAAGGCCUAUUCUGUAUGGGAUCUCAGAGGCAAAAUAGAACCACAUUUUGUGGUCAAGCAGUUUUAUAAAAUAGGGGAUAUAAUAAGUGAAAUCGAAGACCAAGACAAAACGGAAUUUUAUGGCAGGAUAUUUGCUCUAAUAUUUUUCAUCAUAUACCUGAUUGCAUCAGUCAUGCUGGUGUUUGCUGCAUGUAGGAAAAAUUUCUAG